AUGUCGCUCUCUAAAUCUGCCACUGCUCCCGGGACCAGCUCAUCGCGGGCCUGCCCGGCCGCGUGCGGGGCUCUCAUCGCAGCUAAGGACUCUCACGAGUUUUGCGUGGUCUGCUUGGGCCUCAAGCAUGCGGAAGAGGCUUUGGAGAACCAGGAGCAUUGCAGCCAUUGCCUUGUGCUGCCGAAAAAGCUCCUGCGGCGUCGACUCAAAGUUGCCGCUACCCAGUGUAUCGAGCUCGGCCUUUCUGACUCGGAUGGGGGACACGGUAACGGCGACGCGCCUCCGGGGGCCUCCCGGGGCGCGACGUCGCUUCAUUGGGCUGACCUGCCUAAUCCUGCGAUCCCCGAAGAGGAUAUCUUCGCGGGCAACCUCCCGUUCGCCGAUGAACCGGCUGGUUCCGGCGAUGAAGACGACGCGGGCCUUCUUGGGGUCUCAGAGGACGAGGAGGCCAUCCCACUCUCUGGUUUUUACCAGGCUAACCCCCCCGCGGCCUUACCCCAGUCCAUCCUCCUGGACGUGUGCGAACGAGCGGCCGCUCGCCUUAACAUUCCGUGGCCGGCUCCGCAGAGCGCCACCGACCAGGAGAGAGAUGUUUAUGAUGGGAAAGUGCUGGGUCCCCCGCCCGGCCCGAGGAAACAACUCUUCCCCGUCCUGCCAGCGUGCGCGAAGCACGUGAGGCACUACUGGAGCGACCCGCUGAACCUCAAACACGGUCUCGCGGGUCUGGAGGUGAAAGACAUGGCGGCUCUCGGCUUGGGUGAUCCCCCCGCUGUCGAGCCGUCGAUCGCCAGGCAUCUCAACCCCGUCCAGGGCGGGCUGCUCGCCCCUCCGAAGCCGGUCUUGCCGGGCAAAAUGGACCGUUUUUCUGCCUCUGUUCAUCAGGCCGCUUAUAAAUCCUCGGCCUUGGCUGUCAGGGCUCUCAAUGUUUCGUCCCUGCUUUCCGCUUACCAGGCGGAAAUUUUGGAGGAUUUGGGGCAGCAGCUGGACAAAGGAUCCCCCUCGCCAACCUUGUGGAAGGAGAUCCUUACGGUCAACGACCUCGUCCUCCGCAAUGCUCGGCAGGCUGUCCAAGCUUGCGGGCGCUCCAUGGCGCUUUCUGUAGUGGGGGAGCGUGCUCUCUGGCUGAACCUGUCGGGACUCCCUGACAGUGAGAAGAGGCGCGUUGCGGGCGCUCCGGUCGAGCCUGGCCAGGCUCUCUUCGGUCCCGCCGUGGCUUUGAUGCAGCAACGGUGCGACGACAAAAAGAAAGAGGACGAGGCUUUCAAGUUGUGCCUCCCUAAGAAAGCUGCUCCGCGUCAGUUGCCCACUGCGCGUUUGCCUAACCCCCCGUCACGGUGCGAAACCCGCAUCAUAGCAGGGAGAAACCGCGCAACAAACCCCCUCCACGGCAGAGUAACCCACCCUCUGCUAAACCCUGGGGAAGAACGUCUCCCGCCGCGGCUGGGAAACCCCCCAACCCAACCCCGACCGACUCUAAACGCAAGCGGCCGGCCUGAUGUCCGACCAUUGGGGGCAGAGAGUCCUCGUUCACGAGCCACAAGCCCAUCGGACUCUCCUUCUGUCCCAGAGCCCCUGUCCAAAAGACGGAGGUUUUCUCGCGGAGGGGCCGGCCAGGGUUCCCAGCCCGUGCGUUCAGUGGCCGCUGUGUUUCCUCCCCCCACGUUCAGGGGGUCGGUUGCGAGGGAAUGUGGUCAAACAGUGUCACCACACAGCACACACAUUGUUCCCCUCACCCAACUAAUAAAGGCUUCGGCCCCGGUGUUCCCCAACACCAAACACACAAAAAACACAAUGAAACAAACGAAUCUAUUGAAUUUGUUUCAGGGAGAGUACGUCUCUCUGCAGAGAGAGAACAUCUUUCUACAUCCACGCAUGCCGCCCCUAGUGUGUCCGCUAGAUGGCGCCAUUGCAUCGCAAAGGAGCCAACAGAGCGUAUGCGAGGAUUUCGGCGCUUCACCGGCCCCGGUGGGGACGCUCGCGAAUUACGAGUCCGCCUGGCAGACUGUUGCGCCUCCAGAGUGGGUGAUGCGAACAAUUAUGCAGGGUUACAGACUGCAGUUUGUAAUGAAACCCCCGCUUUUCAACGGCGUUCUCUCUUCUCACGCGGAGGAGAGCUCCGCUCAUAUUCUGAAAGACGAAAUCUCUUCUCUCUUAAUGAAGGGAGCGAUUCAGGUGGUACCUCCCAGCCUGAUAAGUCAAGGGUUUUAUUCCCGUUAUUUCCUGGUCCCAAAGAAGGACGGCUCUCUCCGCCCCAUCUUGGACCUCCGAAUGUUGAACAAACAUUUGAGGAAAUACAAUUUCAGAAUGUUAAACCACGGCACUCUGGCCCGCGCCAUAAAACAGAACGACUGGUUCACGUCGGUCGAUCUCAAGGAUGCUUUUUUCCACAUAAGCAUUUAUCCGCCACACAGGAAGUUUCUUCGUUUCGCCUAUCUAGGCAUAUGUUACGAAUUCACUGUUCUUCCUUUCGGGCUCUCACUCAGCCCUCGGACUUUUUGUCUGUGUACGGAGGCGAGCUUGGCUCCCCUGAGAAUGUCAGGUCUGCGGAUUUUGACAUACAUAGACGAUUGGCUCAUCGUGGCCGAAUCGGAAGAGAAAGUGCUGCGGGACACCUGCAGCGUGCUUACACACAUCACAUCUCUCGGGUUCAGGGUGAAUGUGACCAAAAGCAAUUUUACACCCAGCCAGAGUGUGAUUUUCCUGGGCUUGGAGCUGAGCUCGGUCUCCAUGCGAGCGCGUCUCUCCCAGGAGCGCGUCCUCUCUCUAAUGAGCUGCGUGUCGCAGUUCAGAGAGGGGGCGAGAGUGCAGUAUCGCACAUGCCUCAGAUUGCAGGGUCUUAUGGCUUCAGCUAUCCAAGUUUUGCCGCUGGGACUUCUGCGAAUGAGAGCAUUCAUGAAAUGGGUUUUGUCACUACAUUUCAGCCCGGUACGCGAUCUCUGCCGCUCUGUGACAGUGACGCGCGCCUGCACGGCAGCUCUUCGCCACUGGAGAGACGCGGACUUUUACGCACAGGGGACCCGUUUGGGAACGGUAGUGAUGCGGAAAGUUGUGACGACAGAUGCGUCCCUAACAGGCUGGGGUGCCACCCAGGAGGGCAGAGUGGUGAACGGUGUGUGGCCGAGCAUACUACGUUCAGCACACAUAAAUUAUUUAGAGCUCCUGACCAUAUGGAAAGCUCUGAAUUAUUUUCUGCCUCGCCUGCUAGGACAUCAUGUGCUCGUACGCUGCGACAAUACCACAGCAGUCGCGUAUAUCAAUCGGCAGGGCGGCUUACGCUCACCGAAACUUCACGCUCUAGCUCACAAGCUUUUGGUGUGGAGCGGGCGGUUUUUCCUGUCGUUACGCGCGACUCAUGUUCCAGGCAUUCUGAACAGAGGUGCGGACCUUCUGUCGAGGGGGAACCCACUCUACGGAGAUUGGCGCCUCCACCCUCAGAUAGUGGGCAUGAUAUGGAGAAGAUUCGGACAGGCAACCGUAGAUCUAUUCGCCUCGCGCGAAAACAACCAUUGUCCUAUGUUCUUCUCGCUAAAGGACUCGGAUGCGCCCCUCGGGGUGGACGCACUGGCCCACCCAUGGCCCAAGCUGCUGCUGUAUGCUUUUCCUCCUCUGUGCCUGAUAAUUCCCACACUGGCCAGAGUGAGAGAGAAGGGCCUGUCUCUCCUUCUAAUAGCUCCCAGGUGGCCCAAAGCACCGUGGCUGGCAGAGAUAAUCCCUCUGUUAUAAGCCCAGCCGUGGCGCCUCCCCCUCCGCACAGACCUAUUGUCUCAGGCGAACGGGGAAAUAUAUCACCCACACACGGACAGGGUGGCUCUCUGGGUCUGGCCCGUGAGAAGUCAAACUUAA